GGCUGGGUCCAGAGUAGGAGACACCCGUGAAAGGAAGACAGCAGUGCGUGCCGGGGCAGGAGAGAGGGUAAACAGAGAACCACGUUCCUGAGCUGCCUAGGCAUCACCGCGCUACGUCCUGUCAGCGCGAGGAUCGAGAUGUAGCGUGCGGCGGGUGGCGGGAGGUCGCUGCCUGUGAAUGGGUCGUCGGUCUCAGAGGGACGCCUGUGCCAGGACAUCCAGAGAUAAGGGCCGGAGAGGAUGUGGAAGAAGUCAUGGGUCAGGCGCGCAGGACCAGUUUCUCAAUGUUUUAGUUGAACAGGCCCUAUGACCAACAUGAGCUGGAGCUUUCUCACCCGUCUUCUGGAGGAAAUCCACAACCACUCCACGUUUGUGGGGAAAGUGUGGCUGACCGUGCUCAUCAUCUUCCGCAUCGUGCUGACGGCGGUGGGCGGCGAGUCCAUCUACUCGGACGAGCAGACCAAGUUCACCUGCAACACCAAGCAGCCGGGCUGCGACAACGUCUGCUACGACGCCUUCGCCCCGCUCUCCCACGUGCGCUUCUGGGUCUUCCAGAUCAUCAUGAUAUCCACCCCCUCCAUCAUGUACCUGGGCUACGCCAUCCACAAGAUCGCCCGCUCGUCGGAGGAGGAGCGGCGCAAGCAGCGGAAGUUCCGCAAGAAGCCCCACGCCAUCAAGUGGAGGGCCACCCGCACCCUGGAGGAGGUGCUGGAGGAGGAGGAAGAGGAGGAGCCCAUGAUCUAUGAAGAUACCCUGGAGGUGCAGGAGAUCAAGCCAGAGGCGGCCAAGUGUCCGUCUAACAGGGACCAGCAGAAGCAUGAUGGCCGGCGGAGGAUCAUGGAGGAGGGCCUGAUGAGGAUCUAUGUGAUGCAGCUCCUGGCCCGCGCUGUCUUCGAGGUGGGCUUCCUGGCUGGCCAGUACCUCUUGUAUGGCUUCCGUGUCAACCCCUCUUACGUCUGCAACAAGAGCCCCUGCCCGCACUCGGUGGACUGCUUCAUCUCCCGGCCCACAGAGAAGACCAUCUUCCUUCUCAUCAUGUACGUGGUCAGCUGCCUCUGUCUGCUGCUCAACAUCUGCGAGAUGGUCCACCUGGGCAUCGGGACCUUCCGGGACAUGCUCCGGCGCCGGAAGAGCAAAGGCCGGCGGCCCUCGUAUUCCUACCCCUACCCCAGGAACAUCCCCGCCUCGCCACCGGGGUACAACCUCGUGAUGAAGUCGGACAAGCCCAGCCGGAUUCCCAACAGCCUCAUCACGCACGAGCAGAACCUGGCCAACGUGGCGCAGGAGCAGCAGUGCACCAGCCCGGAUGACAACAUCCCCUCGGACCUGGCCAGCCUGCACCGGCACCUAAGGGUGGCCCAGGAGCAGCUGGACAUGGCCUUCCAGACCUACAACAACAAGAGUAACCCGCAGACCUCCAGAACCAGCAGCCCGGCUUCGGGGGGCACCGUGGCCGAACAGAACCGGGUCAACACGGCCCAGGAGAAACAGGGGGCCAGGCCCAAAGCCAGCAUGGAGAAGGCUGGCACCAUAAUCAAAAAUGGAAAGACCUCUGUGUGGAUAUAGGUGCCCAUGUUGUUGUGGUUUCCAAGUGACCAGCUGCUUUUGGGGCAUUGAAAAAGUGUUAUUUGGGUUGUUAAGAUGAGUCACGGUGUUCAGUGUUGAGGCAUGCAUUUGUAAGAGUGCCUGGAAAAACUUUGCUGAAGGUAAUUUCCAGUGGAAUGUGCAUAAUGUGAGUGGAAGGCAAAAAGGCUAUUUGCUGAGCCUUUCAGCAACCAACAGGUAAAACAGGUGUAGACAUGACCAAGUAUUCCUACAUGCUCUUAGGUGUGAUGUUUGACUCUGUGAUACUCACAUAAUACAUCUGCAUCAUUUACACAUAAAUAAAAUGGCAUUUUGACUACUUAAGUUACUUUUUCAAAUUCUGAAUAAAUAACAGCAACUUACUGGUAAUUGGAUCUGGGAAAAACCAGCAUUGCAAGAUUAUAAUUAUAAUAUAAAUUAUACAUUAGUAGUGUUCAGAAAUCAACUGAAGAGUUGAGACCAAGCUACAUGAGAAAAUAUAGUUCUAAUUAGUAUUAAAAUUUGAACAUCUGUUUUACAACAGUCAUUAUUAGGGAAAGAAAAGAGUUACAUUUGCAAAUGCAUUACCCCCAGCACUCCAUGUAUGUGAUUUAAAAGCUAAAAAGAUGUGUGCUUGAUUUAUUUGUCAAACUUCAAGAAUUCAGAGAAUGAACCGAAUAGUAGUUGUAUAGGAGUUGCAGUGUAGCACACAUGGUCCACAAAAAUAACAUAAAAUAUUGAAAUGUAAUUAUAUUUCUCAUAAAUGCGGCGCAACAGCUGGCCACUGCACUUCAGAAAAUCUGCAAAUGUUUGCAAACUGUUGUCAGAUUCACCAGUAUUUCUGUCCAUUCACCAAUUCUGCUAUUUCCCUACUCUUAUUUUCUAAUGUAGGGUAGGCUGCAUCAAAAAGUAAAGCAGUAAUAUCUAUCAGUGUAUUUCCUUGGUUGAUUCAGAAUAGACAGAAACAUUUUGCAGGAUUCAAGGUGAGGUUUUCAGUUUUGGCUGUAUCAUGAUGAUUCCAUGGCGUGCUGACCGCUAAGCACUGGAAAGGAAGGAGGAUUGGAAGGCAAAGCAGUUCAGACAUGCUUCAAUGCAUUUCAUUUGAAUUAUGCAAGAGUUCCACCCUUCACCACAAGACUGAAUCACUGUUCUAUAGAUGUUCAUUCAUAUACAGAUAUUUGGAUUCAUAACAUGAUAAGACUGUGUUUAUGGUUAAUAUUACUUCAUAAGAGUGAUGCUGAUAUUUGUAUUGAAGAGGCAAUAUUAAUUAAUAAAUUAUAUGAGAAAUGCAAGUGGCCAUGUACCAAUAAAUAUACCAAAUAUUUACCCAUCACUAAAAACCAAAUAAGUAGGUGAUUAACGUCAGGGAACAGAACUGCUUUCAGUCAAUGCUUGUCUUUAAAUUUGAUUCACAAGUAAAGGCAAGCAUCAACCUUCUUUUUCGUCACACAACGCAACUUGGGAGUGUUUUAGUAAAAAAAGUAACAAUUGCAUUUAUGUGUAAUUACUACACAUAAAUUGCAUUUAUGUGUAGUAAUUACAUUACAAAUACACUAAAGUAAAGAGGUAUGAGAGUUGUAAUGUAAUGUGCUACAAUUUUCUUCAACAUGCACAUGGUGUACAGCCAUAUCUAUCUUUAAACUUAUGCAGCAAUAGAUUUAAUAUGACCUUCUUG